UACAAGCUUCUUAUAAUUCAUUUGAUUCUAUUGCCAGAUAUAAUGAAACAGGAUUUAAAGAUGAUACAAAAUAUUGGUUGGCAACACAAUUAAAAAAUGAUUUAAGAAUUGAUGAAAAGCUUUUGACUUUAUAUUCAGAUGUUUCCAAUAGUAGAUUGGAUCAAAAUAUAAAAUGA